AGGAUUUGAAUUUUUUCCCAAAACCUUGAAAUUAAUGGAAGCAAUGCUUGGUGGUGUUCAAAAUUUGGAGGGAGCUGAAAAGCUGGCUGACGAAGAUUUCACUUUUGAGAAGCAGCAGGAGCAUCUUCUGAUGAGCAAACUUGCAUCAAAUGGCAAAUUACCGGUGAAACCACAGAGUACUUUUCUACAGAAGAAGCUACAGCAGCAAAGAAAAUUUUUUGAUUCUGGUGACUAUGCUAUGAAUAAACAAAAAACAAGUAAUUUAUCAGCGAACUUGCCAGCCGCCGAUUUACAGAACAUUAUGCAUAGACCUGCUUCAGUUUCUUCAGUUCCACAGGAAGUGGAUGUGCCACUUAAAAUUGAUAUUUCACCGAGAAUAAGGGAUGAAUCAUUGCUAAUUCCUCGCCCAGAUACGGUUCCGCAGCGUAAAUCGUCGAUCAUUUACCCAUCUGUACAUAGUAAAUUAAGCCCACAGCCGUAUAUUCACCACUCAGCGCACGACAAUGACCCCCUCCCAGGACCCUAAAAAGUUUUGCAUGAUGUCUCUCGUGGUACAAAUAUCAACAUGCUUGCUUCUCAAUUUUUUUACCUAGCUAUGUUAGUCCUAACGAAAC